AUGGACCAGCUCUCAUCAGUUCCCAGCUCAAUUGCCGAAAGCAUUGAGCCAACCUUGAAGAUUUACCUUCCGCUUCUUAACAAGAACUCAACUGCCAUUAAAUCAACUUUGAGAAAGACCUUUUCCUAUGGUCCAAACCCGCGCAACAACCUUGAUAUCUAUUAUCCUGCCAACAGCCCGACAGGGGCUGGGUGUCCUGUCUUCAUCUAUACAUAUGGAGGCGGCUUUACUCGAGGAGACAGAGCCUCUGAAGAUCAUCUGCUCUACCAAAAUCUUGGACACUUCUUUGCUGAAAAAUGCGGAUUCGUCACUGUCAUUCCGGAUUAUCGCCUUGUCCCAGAGGCGAGAUUUCCCUCUGGCGGGCAAGAUAUUGAGAUGGUUGUGAAGUGGCUCAUGGACAACAAUGACAAAAUUGGAGGUUCACAGUCAAGACCCUUGUUCAUGAUGGGUAACUCAGCUGGUGCCGUUCAUCUCUGCACAUUCUUGCUUCACCCCUCUUUUGCUGGGAUCCGAAGCAAGAUCGCAGGUGACAACGAGACCUGCACCCUGAGACUCACGGCUGCUGUCUUUUGCUCAAUGCCGACGUCAUUCCGCAACCCCCGCCCUUACCGGGCUCCUGUUCUUGAAACCUACUACGGAGAGACGAUGGAGCAGGACUGUCCCCUCGGACUUCUUCAGGCCUGUAACAAAGAUAAGAAUAUUUCGGAUGUUGCACCUGGGGUCCAGUUCCUUCUGCUGUAUGGAUCCCUUGACCCCGAAGAUGAGAUAUUGGGCUGUAACAAGGAGUUCAUUGAGCUUUGGCGAUCAGGUAAGGGAAGCUCGGGAGUCGAGCUUGAAGUUCAGAUUAUGAAGGGUCACAACCAUAUCUCACCUCCACCAGCUCUCGGUACCAAUAUCUCGAGAGAAGAGGUCUGGGGCUAUAACGUAGCUGGUUUUUGCAACGCGGCGGCUCGAGGUUGA